AUGGGCAUCUGUGAGGAUAUUGGAAUGGAAGUGGUGAUGGAUGAUGUUCGGAAUGUGCCGGAGCGUGCAGGAGUCCAUAUCAUACAACUUUGUCGGAUUACCCUAGAGCAAUGCAUUAAGGUGGUCUUCCAAGGACGGUACCAACUGCCUCCAGCAGGACACAAGUUGUCAGAUGAACACGUCUAUAUGGUUACCAAGAUGCUUUCCGCGAAGGCACGUUGCGCGCGAAAAUGGACCGAGGACUUUAAUACGACAGGCGAUAUCAAGGCGGAGCGUGUACCUCUUGAUCCGAGCCCAUUGUUCUAUGCCUUCGGUGUGCCGUGCCGUGCACUUUACCGCGGAUAUUACAUUUUGGGCGGCUUUCAGGCCCUUAGGUCCUACGGAACAUUAGCGAACGUUAAAAAUAAUGCGACCAUCAAGACGGCCCAGAAAGACUGGCUGAUAGGCCCAGUCCUUGCGUCAAUGGACUUCGUUAAUACCCAAAGGAAUCUGAUUCGUAUCUAUCAUGACGGAAAAGCCCAAGAAGUCACCACAAGGCUCAAUAUCCGAGGCGAAUUCUACGAGACGGACAAGUUACUUCCUAGCGAGCGGGACACUCAGGCUUGCAAGGCGCGAGUCGACAGAGUUACCACGAGGAUUUUCGACCUCUGCUUGUUACCCGACAAAGGCAAGCCGGCUUUCAAGCGCUUGAUCGAUCAGCCCACAUUCCACACAAAAGUCUCCGCAACUCGCCAAGGCCAACCCGACACCAAGCUCCUCAAGGAGCUUAACCCUGCAUUAAGAAAUCUGAUUGAUGAACUCGAAGUAGCCCGGGCUACCACGCCAGCGGGAGACUACAAGACCCAAUUCCCUACCCUAGCCAAAAACCUUGAUAUCGCAGCGAAUAUCCGAAUGGAUAUGCUGGCCGUGGACGGACGCUAUGAUGACGCUCUCGCGGCGUGGAAGAACAUCCAGGAUAAGCUCCAUACGCUGGCAGCCAUCGCCAAACCAGUACAUGACAAUCUGGUCAUGCUGGCAAAUCUUAAGGCGAAAUACGGAAGCCCCGCAGAGAUAGAUCAGAGCUUAUACAAGCCUGACUACCUCAACAAGACGAAGGGAAUAGACCGGCAAGGCGAAACCCUUGGCUGUGAAUGCUACCCCGGCGAGCCUCAUAGCUCGUUCAAGGGCUCAGCCUCCGCCAAUAGGGUUACUAAGCCCCGUAGCAGGCAGCAGUGA